CCUGUGAUGUCAGGUGGGCAUGACAGCAUUAUACAUAAAACUCUGUAUUUCUUACAAACAGUAUUCUGCACAAAAGCUACCUUAAAUAAGUAAUACUGCAGAUGCAAAAGAAAACACUGGGAAGUUAGGACGUGCACCAGCGUGGUUUCACAGCAUGUUAAAUGCAACACAAAAGCCUUUUACCUUUGCGAUACCUGUGGCAGGUACCGUACAGGAUGGGUCAUGGAAGAGGGCGACAGAAGAGCAUCAGUCAGCCAAGGAAAAGACUUUGAUGCUUGUAUUAGUUCCAGGCUCAUGGGGCACCUGAAGUGCCUAAACCUCAGGUGCUUUCCCAGAUGCAGACUAAUGUGCUCAUUGCCUUUCCAAAAGGGACCUCCGACUUUCCACCUCCGUCAAAUGAAGAAGAGACAUGCUUGACCGGGAGAGCAUUAAAUAAACACUUUGAAGGUGCAGAAGGCCAAGUUCUAGAGAGGAACUGCAUUACUUUGUAUUUUUCAUGGUAUUCAUUAGGUGUGGCAGCUCCAAAAUAACUACCUGCUGCGGUGGCAGCUUUGAACAGACCGAAGAAGUUCCUUUGUGAGCAAAGAAGGGUCAUUUUGUGCAUCCGCGGAGCCUGGGAAAACGCAUCCUGCGAUACCUUGGCAAUUCAGUACACCUACAAGGAAGCAGGUGACUAUCCUUCACUGCAAGGUGCUGGCUUACAAAGUAACAAUAAUUUAAUUUAAAAAAAAUUAUGGAGCCAUUUCUGACCAUCUACUGCAAUUAUUUUACCUGGAAAACAAGUUCAGUCUGGUCUUAACCAGGGAAAAACAUAAACAUCUAUUAAUAGAGAAGAAACAAAGUUUAAUUUGCUCAUGGAUCAGUGAAGUCCAAAAAUGUGCGUUCAUUUAGGGUGGACUCUGCCCCUUCUCCACGUUUAAGAUUCAGGAGUGAGGGCCAGCAGAGCUUAAAGAGGAAGACAGCCCUUGCGAUUUGUAUCCACUCCUGGCUUUACUGACUGCUGUCCCAGUAACAAACAACCCAGAAGCUGAAUACAUCAAUCAAUCAAUAAAUAAGGCUAUUUUAAGAGGUGACAUGAACCUUGAAGAGUAUUUUGCAAGAACUGGCUAUAAAGGUUCCCUUGAAAAACAAGAUUUGGAAACCUUAACUGAUAUAUUCCAGCAUCACAUCCGUGCUGUUCCCUUUGAAAACCUCAGCAUCCAUUGCGGGGAGAAGAUUACUUUGGAGUUGGAGCAUGUUUAUAACAAAAUCGUGCGGAGGAAGCGGGGUGGCUGGUGCAUGGAAAACAACCAGCUCUUGGGCUGGGUCCUGAAACGCCUGGGGUACGACACCAGCUUUCUGGGAGCCUACGUGUUCAAUCCCCAUCAAACCGCGUACGCCACCAUCAUGACCCAUCUCCUUGUAAAGGUAGUCAUUGACGGCAAAGCCUAUAUUGUUGACGGAGGCUUUGGUGUAUCCUAUCAGAUGUGGCAACCGAUGGAGCUGGUGUCGGGGAAAGACCAGCCCCAAGCUCCCGGUGUCUUUCGCUUCACGGAAAAAAAUGCCGUCUGGUACCUUGAGAAAGUGAGACGGAAACAAUAUAUCCCAAAUCAAAAUUUCUCUAAUUCUGAUCUUCUGGAGAAAAAAGAGUGUCGGAAAGUUUAUAUGUUCAGCCUUGAGCCACGGACAGUGGAAGACUUCCGUUUCCAGUGCACGUACCUUCAGACAUCUCCAGAUUCCCUCUUUACAAAGAAGUCCAUCUGCACCCUCCAGACCACCGAUGGCUUUCGAGCACUGAUUGGGUGGACGUUCACUGAGACCACAUACAACUACAAGGAAAACAUGGAUCUGGUGGAAUUCGUAUCUCUUGAAGAUGAAGAGGUGGAAAAAACACUCAAAGAGAAAUUCAACAUAACCCUAGAUAGAAAACUUGUCCCAAUUAACGUCAAAGGAUUUUACACAAUCUAGAUGACCAGAAAAAUCUGCAGUAAUGCUAUGUAUGGUCAGUACCUU